GCGGCGGGGCCGGGAGCAGCGGGGGGCGGCGGCAGCCCCGAGAAGAGCCACAGCGCGCAGGAGCACAAGGAGCAGGGCAACCGGCUCUUCGGCGGCCGCAAGUACCCCGAGGCCGCCGCCGCCUACGGCCGCGCCAUCAACCGGAACCCCUUGGUGGCCGUGUACUACACCAACCGGGCCCUGUGCUACCUGAAGAUGCAGCAGCACGACAAGGCGCUGGCGGACUGCAAGCGGGCGCUGGAGCUGGACGGGCAGUCGGUGAAGGCGCACUUCUUCCUGGGGCAGUGCCAGAUGGAGAUGGAGAGCUACGACGAGGCCAUCGCCAACCUGCAGAGAGCCUACAACCUCGCCAAGGAGCAGCGGCUGAACUUCGGGGACGACAUUCCCAGCGCGCUGCGCAUCGCCAAGAAGAAGCGCUGGAACAGCAUCGAGGAGAAGCGGAUCAACCAAGAGAACGAGCUGCACUCCUACCUGACCAAGCUGAUCAUGGCGGAGAAGGAGAGGGAGUUGGCCGAGUGCCGCAAGACUCAGCAAGAAGAAAACGUGGACGAGAGCCGGAGCCGCGUUCAGCUGGCCGGCAUUGAGGCCAAGCACGACAAGUACCUGGCAGACAUGGACGAGCUCUUCUCUCAGGUGGAUGAGAAGAGGAAGAAGCGGGACAUCCCCGACUACCUGUGCGGGAAGAUCAGCUUCGAGCUGAUGAGGGAGCCCUGCAUCACGCCCAGCGGGAUCACGUAUGACAGGAAGGACAUAGAGGAACAUCUCCAGCGCGUGGGUCAUUUCGAUCCCGUGACGCGGAGUCCCCUGACCCAGGACCAGCUGAUCCCCAACCUCGCCAUGAAGGAGGUGAUCGACGCCUUCAUCUCGGAGAACGGCUGGGUGGAAGAUUACUGACGGCCGAGGGGCCACGCCGGCCCCCUUGGGUUCUCCCCGCCACCCUGGCCGCAGCACCACGCUGCCCUGGCCGGGCUGGCGCCAUGCCUUACUCCCUCCCUGUCUGUCCCCCCUCCGCUCUGGGUGCCCAGGGACCCUUUGGCAGCGCUGGGCGAGGGCACGUUGCCUUCCCCCUUCCCGUGGAACCGCGGCUGGGCAGGCGCGAAGGCUCCCGCCCGCGGGGAGCGCGGUGCUCGGAGGAGCCCUGGCUGGUGGCAUGGAGGAGGGUGGCUUGUGGCUGCCUGGGAGGGCCGACAACACCUUCAUCGCCCGCAGAGGAGGGAAGGGACCCCCCCACCCCCCCCACCCCGUGCUGACAAUCUCCAAAGUUGCUCCCCCGCGGCAGGAGCCGGGUGCGGAGCGCGCUGGGGUGGGUGCCCGGUGCUCCCCGCGCGGCUCUGGCCGGGUCCCCUCCUCCCCGUGUACAUAGCUCCCCUCCUCCUCGUUCAGCUCCCGUCGGGCCAGGGUGGUGGCUCCCUCUUGCCUGUAAAUAGCCACGUGCUGGGGUGGGAGCCGGACGCGUGCUCUGCCGAUACUGCCUUGCCUCUGGGCUUUUUCUGGGGAACAACUGCCCCUGGGCUGGAAGGGCUGGGGGUGCCUCCUCCUGCUGGCCCCGGGACCGUGGUUUCCCCCCCUGAACAAGCACCCGGGUUCAAGUUCAUCUUCCUUUUAAUGAAAUCCCUUUGGGAAAAAAAAAAGAAACCAAACAAAAAAACCCACCAACCCCCCCCCCCAUCUGACUGAGUACAGCGUUUUGGUCGGCAGCAGCGUCGCUGCGCGGUUGGCCCGCGGCCUGCCUGGCUUCCCGGCGCUCUGGACGUUUGCCAAUGUCAAUAAAAACAAACCGAGACAACGGCAGCGACAACA